AUGACAACAGCCCCAAAUCCAAAGGACACAUAUAAGUUGGCUGUGGCUGAGAAUUCUCCUACUGGGACAAUAGUGGAAACCAUUACUGCAGAGGAUCCUGACACAAUGGAUCAAGGCAACCUCACCUACAAACUUCUUCCAGACACAUAUUUUGAUGUGAACCAACAUACAGGUGCAGUUUAUGUGAAGGAUGGAAGCUUGUUGGAUCGCGAGGUCAGAUCUCUGUUUUCAGCGACUCUGCAGGCCAGAGACACAGAUGGCAAGCCUGGCAUGACACUAUUAGAGAUCACUGUGACUGACAUCAAUGAUGAACAUCCAGUCUUCAACAGUGACCCUUACCUCGUGCGUGUUAAAGAGGGUGCACAAGUUGAAGUUAAUAUACAGGCUACUGAUGCAGAUGAGCCAGGUACAAAUAACAGCCAAAUCGUGUAUGGAAUCGUGCCGAGCACAUACAGUAAUAACUUCACCAUCGACCCUGACACUGGUGUACUGAAAAACAGAGGUAAACUGGACCGUGAGGACCUAGUCCCAGACUUGGACGGGAUGAUAGAGCUCAGUGUAACUGCUACUGACAAGGGUACGCCCCCACAAUCCAGUACGGCUACAGUUAUUAUCACUGUAGAGGAUGUCAAUGACAACGCACCAAAAUUUAAAGCCUCUUCUUACAAAUUUGCUGUUAAUGAAGGAGUAAAGGGUGCAUAUGUGGGUUCUGUUUACGCUGAGGAUUUGGACCAAACAAGUGACUUUAAUCGCAUUUCUUUUACCAUCACUGACGGAAGCUUUGGCAGCUUCAUGAUUCGCAGCUUUCCUGAGGACAGAGGUUAUAGGGGAGACAUCACUGUAGACCGUGAUAUUGAGUUGGACUAUGAGAGUGCUCGCAACAAAUUCAUAAUGCAGGUAGAGGCAGCAGAUCUGGAAGAAAGGACAGCUGUAGUGACUGUGGAGGUGGACGUAUUAGAUGUGAAUGAUGAGAGGCCCGAGUUCAAGCCAACACCACCUGUGACAGUGAAGGAGAACACCACCAUUACUGGGGCUAUUGGGAGAUUCAUCGGGUAUGACAAAGAUGGAAAUAACUCGCUGAUCUACGAGCUGGUAUCGAUGAAAUGCAGAUGCAGCGGUGUUUUAAAAUCUUGCAACUGGUUUAUCCUUGAUCCAACGGGGGAGGUCAGAGUCAACCCGGUGGCCGCUGUGGAUUAUGAAGAAUGUGACCAGGCAGUGAUAGAGGCUCAGGUGGUGGAUACGUACACAGAGAAAGGAGAGAACAGCAGUGCCACAACAGGACAAAUGGUGAUCAACAUUGAAGACAUUAAUGACAACGCUCCAGAAUUCAUUCCUUCAGAUUCUGUAUUUGUUGUGGUGUCAGAAGGUGCAAGUAAAGGGACAUCGGUUGCAGCAGCCACUGCUACAGAUCGUGACACAGGAAUAAACAGGCAGAUUGAAUUUAAAGUAACAAAAAUUCAGUUUAAUGAUGCCAACAAUCGUACAACUGACAUCACAAGGAUGCUGUUUGAGGCCGUCACCACACAGCAGAAAGACGUUUAUGUUGGGAUUAUUCAAACUACUGAAGGACUUGACAUUACACUGAAAGGGAAGUAUUUGGUAACAGUAACAGCAACUGAUACUGGCGGCCUCUCCAACAGCACUGUACUGGAAAUUUUCACAGUUGAUGAAUCAUAUAAAGUUGAACUACAGUUUACCAAAUCUGUAUCGGAAGUUGAAAAAGAACAAAAUGACAUUGUCAGAGCACUUACCUCUGCCACCAAGGCUGUACCAAGGAUUGUUGCAAUCAGGGCUAUCAGUGCUGAAACAUCCAGGGCCUCACCUGUCACUGUUGUUGAGGUAUAUUUUGUCUAUGCCAAUGGGACAGCUCUUACCUCUACUGAAGUGGAGAUUAUGCUGUCUGAUCCCAAUCAUUAUUUACAACUCACAAACCUGGGCCUCAAUUACAUUGGGAAGGCCCCUGUGAAUGAACCAGAGUCAAACCCUGUACAGUACAUCCUGCUGGGGAUUGUGGGAGGCCUCCUCAUUGUGCUGAUUGUCCUCAUCACUUCUCUAAUGUGCACUCGCAGAAACUACAAGAGAAAGCUGAAGGCAGCUAAAGCCAUGAACUCAGCAUCCAUGGUGAAUUCUGACAACCCAAAAAGUGGGCCUGUGGUACCUGGAACCAACAAGUACACAAUGGAGGGCGCCAAUCCUGUUCUCAACCUCAACAUCGACACAGCCAUGGUCCUGGGCUUGGACGAGGAGAGCUCAGACAAAGUCAGCCUCAGUUCUCUGGACUGCAGUGAUUACAUGACCAAUGUUGAGAAGGAUACACAAGCUAUUAUGGAGAAGGAGAGCAGCAGGCCACCAGAGUACAUUGAGCCUCUGGGUGCAGCGCUGGCCCAGAGGGGGGAGAAGAAAGACAAAGCUCGUGUAGGUUUUAAAAACCCAGCUUUCAACACUACAGACCUGUGAUGGAAGUACUAUAAUGGAG